UGCGUGAAUUGCUGUUCGUAAAAGGGGCUCACUGCCUAUGAGUUGUGGUUUGCUGUUGUUGUUGCUCGUGGACAAUGUCACGCAUAAUUGCGGGUGCUCGUGGCCUGUUCAGGCGCCAUCCUUUUGUAACCAACAGCGCCAUCUAUGGCAGUCUCUAUGUGGGAGCAGAAUUUACUCAGCAAUAUGUCUCCAAGCGUUGGCUGCCGCCGCCCAAGGAGCGUGAGGACAUCGAUUAUGCAACUGUGGGCCGUUAUGCGGUGAUGGGUACUGCAUUUUAUGCCCCGUCACUCUACGUUUGGUAUAAAUGGCUAGAUGGCGUUUUUCCUGGAACCAUGAAGACAACAAUUCUAAAAAAAUUGCUACUUGAUCAGUUUAUAUUGACACCAUAUUGUCUGACACUAUUUUAUACUGGUAUGUCAAUUAUGGAGGGCUCUGAGGAUAUUUUUCUGGAAUUGCGCGAAAAAUUCGUACCCACCUUUUUGCGUUCGUGUAUUUUCUGGCUGCCCGCACAGGCCUUGAACUUUAUGUUCAUAGCGCCACGUUUUCGUAUCAUCUAUAUGGGUCUUUGUGGCAUGAUUUGGGUAAAUAUUUUGUGCUGGAUAAAACGUCAGAGUUUGACCGCAGACAGCACAACAGCAACAACCACAACAGGAGCAGCGGCAGCAGCAGCAUCAACAAUGACACAACAAGGACAACAGCAACAACAACAUCAACAGUAGCAACACCAAUGUCAAGGCGUGAUUAGAUUAGAUAGUAGCUUAACACAUUCACAUACACAAGUGUGUGUGCUGUAUAUAUAUAUAUAUUUUUGAUAUGGUGCAAAGAAGCUCUGGCAAAUAAAUACAUACCAAAUGCUGGAAA